CUUUUCUCCUUAUCCCUCCAGGGUUUAAGCAAACAGCACCAAACGCCUACAUUCUCUAAGCUUUAAACAACACAUUCAAUUCCCUAUUCAUUUUCCUCCCAUAAUGACUCCGGCCGCCACCGCGUUACACUUGCCUAGUUCCGGUAUGCUGACUCUUAGUGGUCCGAAACCCACGAUUUCCAUGUGUAAUUAUACCUCUUCUUUGAGUUCCCAUCGUUACACUUUGAGAUCUGGUAAUCGGUUUCGUAUUACAGUUCUUCCAGACAGAGCAUGUGUUGUGUUUAAGGGGAGUCUAAGUGGGUCUCCUUUGGCCUGGUUAGCUCGUAUCUCUUCUAUUUCAUCUGAUCAUAAGGGGUUUUUGAUUUCUGCAAAGAAAAGUACUGAAGGCCAGGGUGUUUAUGACGCUGAUACAUGGUUGUCGGCUUUGGAGGUGAAGCCCACGGGAUUGGAUAAUUCUCCGGCGCCCGUUCUCCCCGGAGAUCUAGAUUUGAUGGAAAUUCCAGAAGUGGGACCGAAAAACUCGACGAAGCUGGUGGAGUAUGGCAUUGCUAGUGUUAAUGAUCUCAAGAAACUCUACAAGGAAAAGUUUUUUAGGAAACCGGAUCGGAUGAUGAUUGAGUUUCUAAAAUCCUCUGUUGGCAUUAAAUAUAGAAACCACGCCAAGAGUAUAACCAGCUUCAUCAGAAAGAGCGUAAGUAAAGAAAUGAAAGAUGGUGGUGUCAAUUCUGAAACUGCGAUCGUAAGUAAGGAAACGAAAGAUGGUGGUGCCAAUUCUGAAAUUGCAAUCGUAAGUAAAGAAACGAAAGAUGGUGGUGCCAAUUCUGAAACUGCGAUCGUAAGUAAAGAAACGAAAGAUGGCGGUGUUGCGAUCAACGUAAGUAAAGAAACGAAAGAUGGUGGUGCCAAUUCUGAAAUUGCGAUUCCAGUUCCAACUACAGCCGCAAAGAAAAAGGUUAAAGAAGCUCGCCGCAAGUGACUAAUUGAAUCAUUAUAAGAUGCUACGUACACAUGGUUUUGGUUGUUAUAUAUAAUAAUAUUUUAUAUAUUAUAUUAUCAAACCUCCUCGUUUAAGCUACUACUUGACACAGAUAGUAGUGAACAUGCAGGGUUGGAUUUGGAAUAUGGUAUUUGCUUGUAUGAUAUGGAAAUGCGAAUAAUAUUAGCUUUUAUGGUA